CACAGUCAUCAUCUUCCAAAGUCACUACCUAAGUUUUACUCAUUUCUCUGUUCAGCACUGAACAAAUUGAUCCAAUAAAAAACAUUAUUUUAUUUUCAGAUAUUGUUAAUUAUUUAGGUAGAGAGCCAUGUUAAGCAACAACAAUAACACCAGCGCCACUCCUUCUUCUUCCUCCGAGCCCUUCCCCACUUUGGAUGAUGGCAGCAACAGCAAGCGGAAGCGCCGCCCUGCCGGCACUCCGGAUCCGGACGCGGAGGUGGUGUCGCUGUCGCCGAAGACGUUGCUGGAGUCAGACAGGUACGUGUGCGAGAUCUGCAACCAGGGGUUCCAGAGGGACCAGAACCUGCAGAUGCACCGGCGGCGGCACAAGGUGCCGUGGAAGCUGCUGAAGCGGGAGACGCCGGCGGUGCGGAAGCGGGUGUUCGUGUGCCCGGAGCCGACGUGCCUCCACCACGACCCGUGCCACGCGCUCGGCGACCUCGUCGGAAUCAAGAAGCACUUCCGGCGGAAGCACAGCAGCCACAAGCAGUGGGUGUGCGACAAGUGCUCCAAGGCCUACGCCGUGCAGUCGGACUUCAAGGCCCACCUCAAAACCUGCGGCACUCGCGGCCACUCCUGCGACUGCGGCCGCGUUUUCUCCCGGGUGGAGAGCUUUAUAGAGCACCAAGACGCUUGUAGCAUGGGCCGCAUCGGCCGGCCGGAAUCACAACCCCACGUUAAACCCACGGCUGCUCCCUGCAUAUCCCGCACCGCCUCAAGCGCAAGUCCAUCCAGCGACACCAAUCUCAGCGCCGCCGCAUCCUGCUGGCCCGGCCUCCUCAUGCCGUCAUCCCACAACAAUCCCGCGGGGACGACCACCGCUCCUAUGAACAUACUCGGCGCGUCGAGUAACAACUUUUACAACGCGCGUGAUAAACACAACCUGGAGCUUCAGCUCUUAACAACCGCAACCGCAACAGCGACAAUGUCGGGCUCCACUCCGACCCGUCGCGGGUUAUUGGACGUUCCCGCGACAUCAAAUGAAGGCGAGGAUGAUUCCACGCCAUCGCAACUAUUGCAGCUGUCGAUCGGUUCGUCAUCAUCAUCGUCAGACGCGGGAAGAUUGAGGGUGGCAAUGGCGGAGAAGGCGUAUGCCGAGGAGGCGAGGAAAGAGGCGAGGAGAGAGAUAGAGACGGCGGAGAGAGAGUUUGCUAAUGCAAAGAGGAUUAGGCAGCAAGCAAGGGAGGAUAUGGAGAAAGCUGUGGCAUUAAGGGAACAUGCCAUUCGCCAGAUUAACUCCACGCUCUCCCAAAUCACUUGUCGGGCUUGUAAACUCAAGCUUCAACCUGCCUCUCAACUAAACUAAUUAAUAAAUGAAAGAUAUCUCAUAAUGAACUUAUAAUAAAAUAAUUAUAUAUCACACAACCUAUAUAUAUUAACACAAAUAUUAUCUGUUCCUUUUUUUAUAUUUUUGGUUUUGUGAAUUUAUGUUGAAGCUUCAAUUCAAUUCACUCCACUGUUUGUAAUAUGCCUGCUUGAUCUAAAAUGUGCCUCCCAACCACUGUUGAUAGCGAGGGUAUUAAAUUAAUGUAUCAUUAGCUUGUCAAGAAUGAGCCAAUUCUUUAUCAAGGCUUAAUUGUAUUUGUAUCCAUGUAUUGAAUUAAAUCCAAUUAUUGUUUGGGCUGUUUUAUUGAGUUUUUUUCUUAAGUAAUGCUAACAAACAAAAUAUUUCCAUAAUUGAUGUUGGGUCAAAAUUAUUUCCCAAUCUACUGCUCCACAAACUCUAGUUAGCCCAUAGGAAGCCCGCGCAUGAAUACCGAAGGAGUUGUGAAAAGCAAUCACAAUUGGUAGAAGAGCAAUGGUGGGACCCAAUAAAAUAAAAAAUCUCAUUUUUCUUAAAAUUGCUAUAACUUUUAUAUUUAUUCUCCGAAUUUUCAAAACAAUAUAUCAUAAUUCAUAACUUUUUAUUAUCUUUCAUAUGACACCAAUAUUGUAUAUAUAAAAAAUAAAUAAUAAUUUAACACCUUAAAAAUUUCAUGUAUUUUAAAGUAUUAAAAAAAUAUUUGUACUCUGAUUGUUUUAAAACAUACUUUCUCCGCCCCCUAUAAUUAUUCCAUUUUUCCACUUUUGGAAGUUCCCC